CUCCAUCUCCCUUUCUGCUGCUUGCACCACUGUGGGAAUGCAGCGAAGGUAAACGAAUCGUAGAGGCGUCUUUUUUUUCUCCCCCAAAAUCUUCCGCACACACCAAUACCGGAUCUAUCAUCACAGUGACGGGCUGCAGACAGACAGCUCUGGAGACACACGACUGUCACUCCGGGAAAUCAGAGCGGGGUGGUCGGCGAACGGGAUUGGACCCGGAUCAGUUGGAUUUAGACCGCUACCCAGGACAUCACCACCACCCCAUCUCACUGGCAGAUCACAUCAGAUCUCUUCUGCCUUGCCUCGGUUUCGGUGGCUUUCACCGGCUUUCUCUCUACUGGAUUACCAACAGCUGGAGCGACCAAAAAAAAAGGGUGGCCGGGCAUGGAGAACUGAGGGCUGUGAGAAGCAAACUUGAAGUAGCCGAUAAAGACACCUGCGAGAGAAGAAGGGAGCGCUCUCAUGAAGGUAAAAUAAAACUCAAAUGAAACCUAAGAGAAUAAAGGAACAGAGGAACAAUCCGUGGUUUGUAUUUUAAGCACCUUAUGCGGCCGAUAAUUGAGAGUGGAGAAGGGUGCUGCCGUAGCCUGGGUUGUUGAUUUACGCACGCACACGAGCACGCACAUGGAUUUACAGCUCCAGUCUGAAGCUCACCACGCAGCGGAUCGAUAUCCUUCUCCGUUCAUUUUUGCGUCGGCUUUUUUUUCUUUUUCUUUUUUUUUCUAACAAGGGAGUGAAGCAAUCCUGGGAUUUAUCAUCGCUUCGUUAGCGCUGAACUACACUGAGGCGCCCCCUCGCUUCGCUCUCUCACCUGUCCAUAACCUGUGUGCUUGUGUGGAAGUGUGUAUAUUCUUGUGCAUUUGUGUGUGUGUGUGUGCGCGUGCCUGCGCGUGUGUGUACGUGUUUGGUUUGUUGUCCGCCAGAGGGAGUGUAGGUUAUAUUGCUUGCGUAUGCAUUUGAAUGCUGUGACAGUUUUUAAUUAGUCGUACGUGACUGUGAGUAGUUGUGUCUGAUCGUGCGUUGUGGGUGCUUGUGCAUUAGUUCAUGUUUUAUGUUUGUGCAUGUAGAUAUAUAGGUAUUGUGUGGGUAAUUAAUACUUAAGAUGCCCAGCAUUUCUUCUGCACCACUUCCCCUUCCUCGUAUAUGCCCUUGUGUCAUUUGGCCACCUGUUUGACCUCCCUAACACCCUAAGAGACAUAAGAGCUCCAGCAGGAUGAGUGAGCGCUCUGGUGCAAGCACUCUAGCAGCCAUGACGCUGGAGGAGCCAGGGGCUGAACAAGCAUCUCCAAGAGCCCCGGGCCCUCUCCGCUGUGGCCCCUGUGCUGUGUGGCCUCGCCAGCAGACCUGGCUGUGUGCCGUGCCCCUGGUAAUGGGCUUUGUGGGACUGGGACUCAGUCUCAUGUUGCUGAAAUGGAUUGUGGUGGGAUCUGUCCAAGACUAUGUCCCCACUGAUCUGGUGGAUCCUAAAGGUAGCAUUGGACAGGACCCUAUAUUUCUCUCCAAACCCAGUGCCAUGCCCAAGGGGCCCGACAUUUCCACCGCCACCACUACUUCAGCUGCCUCUACAACAGCUAUGGUGUCGACUACCACGCCGCUAGCAGCGGAUGGUACUGCCCCGGCGCCAAGAACUCGAUCUGCGCCAUCAGCAAACCACUCAGCCAAUGGCAGCACUGCCAAUGGAGUUGGAAAUCGAGCCCCACACCCUCAUAACCAUGUUGGCACCCGUGUUAGUGGGACUGUGGUUACCACCUCCACCACCCGCACCACCCGACUCACCCCACCACCCAGCGGUAAGGAGGGCACCCCUCGCGGCACUGUUGGAAAAGGAGGCAGCACCGGUAAUGGACGUAAUGGACCUGCCAACUCAAAGCCAGGACAGACUUCUGCAACCAUCACCACCACAGUAUCCACUACAACUACCACUACUGUAAAGACCACCGCCAAGGUACAGCCGACCACCUCCCAGCCGUCAGCCCCAGUCAAGCCCACGUCACGCUGGAAUCAUGGACGCCAAGGCAAGGGCUCAGCUACACGCCCACACCGCUUCCGAACACCAAUGGCCCCCACACUUCCUAGUCUACGCUCCGAGGUCUUCAAGCCAUGUGUGGAAGACAAGGACCUGGCCUUUUGUCUAAAUGAGGGAGAGUGCUCCAUCAUUGAAACCGUGGCUGGGGUUCACAGACACUGCAGGUGUAAGGAGGGCUACCAUGGACUACGCUGUGACCAGUUUGUACCCAAGACAGAUGCUAUCUUGUCAGACCCAACGGAUGAACUUGGGAUCGAGUUCAUGGAGAGCGGUGACACCUACCAGAGGCAGGUGCUGUCCAUCUUCAGCAUUGCCUCAGGGAUCUGUCUUCUUGGAGUGGCAUGUAUGGCUCUCUACCGCCGCAACAAGAGACACAGGGAAAAACUCCAGGCUCAUUUCUCCGAUGGCCGCAGCCUGAGGGACUGCAGCAUCAACGCCUCUGGCCUCAUGUCCAAAUCUGCACCUCGGCCUCAAUACAGCCUUCAGCUCCAAAAGAGCUGCAGUUCCCAUGGAUCGUCUGUCAAAGGCGGCAAUGUGGCACCAGGCGCAUCAACAGUAGCCCCACCUAUUCUCAGCAGAGCGCUGUCUAAAGGGAAACGCUUCAGGAGUAGUUCCCUUUCGCUCAGUCCUGCCCAACAACGGAGGGAGAACAAUUACUUCAGGACCCCACCAAUUUCCAGAGGAAAACACAAAAUAUCGACAAAUCUCAUCGAUGGAUCCAGAGUGGCUGGCCAUGUAUACAAACACUUACAGGAGGAUGAGUCAACAGAUAUGGAGUCCAUAGGAAGGUGUGAUUCUGCCAGCGGAAGGGUCGGCACCCUCCUCAGCAGGACCUCACUCUCUCACUUUGCAGCCAGGAAGGGAUGGACUGAGGUCCCUUGCACCCGCCUGGAUAAGGGAACAACCUUCCUUCCACCCUCCCUGCGCACCCGCUCUGUGCCCAUCAUCCCCUCGCUCCAGGCAUGUGACCGCGAGGCAGGGCAUGCGGACACAAGUGACCGGAACCAAGGGGGACUUCUCAAGUGGCACCCCAUGUUGGCUGGAAAGACAGCGGUGCCAAUUAGCAACCCUCCCUCUACCCCCCGUGAGACUGUUGUGCUGGCGCCUGGUGUUAUGCCCAGCAGUGUUAGCCCUCCUGCCACCACCGCUGCUCCAAGCUCCACACAAACACCCUCCUCCAUUGAAAUUACAGUGGAACUCACGCCGGAAUUAAAACAGAAAAGCCUUUCCAACCCCAUGAAAAUGUCUGGGUCUCACAGCGAGAUUCAUUGCGGUGGCACAAACACUCUGGAGGCUGGGACUGUGCUGGAGUCAGAAGGGAAAAGUGUCCAAUAUUCAGCCAGAGUUCUCCACACAGGCAGUGGUACCAGAGGUUUGAAGGCAGCAGGCCAAAGAGAAGCCCAGGGACCGAGCCAAGGUCAGACAUCCCUUGUGUACGGAAGAGCAAACAUCUCCUUGGCCACCAAAGGACCCAGCUGCAGAGGAACUGGAAAUGCUUAUGCAAGGCCUUCUGCAAGCUGAUUGGAUUAACUCUGUAAAGCUUCAAAGACACUGUUUUCAAUAACUAUAUACCUUUGCUGGUGUCACAGGAUGGUUAGCAGGUGGGACCAUCUGUGUGGCCACAUGGACCAACAACAGAUGGCUUUCAAUUUCUGAAGGAACGCAAACAGAUUGAACUGCAGAGGAAAGAAUAUUGACACAACAAAAGACAUCCAAUUCUAAAGAAAAAGAGACAAACAAGCACACAUUGUGAAUAAAUGUGACUCAAUAAGGAAAACAAAACCGUGACUUGGGUGGGAGCUUGACUUAAACAGUGUAUUGAAAAAAUGCCACUAUUUAAAGGGAGCUUCUACUUAGAAACCAAAAUAGUGUGUCAUCUCUAUGUUGUUUCUCUAUUGUAAAGAAAUGAAAUUAUAAAUGUCAUAUAAUAUAUGUCAUAUAGACGUAUAUAUAUUUGACAUACAAUUGUGACAAAAUAAAGACUAAGAUAACAGUG